AUGGACCAGCCAUCACCACGUCUCGGCGAGGAUACAGAUUCGGAAGAGGAUUCAGUCCAGGCACCACCAGCAAAGAAGGUGCGCAAGGUCAUGCCGUCGAAGAAGUCUCCCAAACAUUUCCGCCUCAUGGACCUCGCUCCGGAACUUCGCAAUGUCGUCUACAAGAUGGUCCUGGAGGACCACCCAGUGGCAAAACUGUCCCGCAAUUCGAGCCUGCGCGUGUUGUCCAGCACUUCGGUGCUGCCUCGUGUGAGCAAGCAAGUUCGCGAUGAAUUCUUGGGCGUCUUGAUCACAUCGGUCCCAGUCAUCGAGACAUCGGUUGUGGGCUUUUCCUUUGGCCAUGUGAUCACCUUUUUGAACCGCCGCUCCGACAUCGAGCUCCAGCGGAUGACCUCUGUGAACGCCUCGCAGACUUUGCGCAUCUCGCUGCAGUUCCCGCCUGCGACUCUCAAUGUGACUGAACUUCAACGUUGGUUGAACCGUUCGGUGCACCCUACCAAGAAAGGAGCCAAGAUUGAUUUCCAGUACAUCAAUGUCAGACAAUACCUGCCACACGCCAUCUUUGCGACGAAGCUAUUGGGCAGUGCCGAGGCGGCCAAGAUCAGGAACACAGUUCGCUGA